AUGGCCGCGACUCUCACGGUGAACGGUGGCGGGGGGCAGGAGGAGCCCUUUUACGCGCUGCAGAAGUCCGCUCUGCCGAACACUUUUCCCCUGGAGGACUCGCCGUUCUUCCCGGACUCGGACAAGAGUGGCCAGCAGGACUACUCUCAGACUAAGUGUGAACUAGAUAGAUACAUCUCCUUUCUUCAGUCGUCAGAGAGAGACAAUCAGCAAAAGCCGACACGCGAGCCAGUGUCUGUGAUGGACCAGUUCUUCAGUGACGAUCAGCCCUGUGCUCCCUACACCCUCAACAUGAAUCUGUAUCUCCAGGAUGUCGCCUAUUUGAGAAUGGGCCUGUGUCAGCAGGUACGGCUCCCUCAGGACCAAAGCCACUCCACUGUGACCCAAAUCAAGACAGAGCCCACUGCACAGUGCUUCUCCACUCACCUCCCCAAUGCAAGCUGCAGCCCUGGACAGGCGGGCAGUGGGAUGAAUAUGGACAUGACAGGUUUACCAGACUUUAGUGUUUUUAACAACUCUCACAAUGGUUGCACCAGUUCAGGCUCAGAGGUGUUUAUUAAACAAGAGAUGCCCCCUCAAUACGAACAAAACACGCUCCACGACAACGGCAGCUCUCUGUUUCAGCUUCUAAACUCUGGCCUCGAACAUCACCAUGGAAACAUUAUGGAUCAUCAUUCUCAGAUGCCUACAGGACCAUCACCUAUUCACACACCUUACCAUGAAGAUCAGACUACGAAGCCUGCUUAUUGUGGCCAUAACAGGUCCUACACCCGUCCUGGCGCCCACACGCACACCCGCUUUCUCCCACAACAACCAGCCUACCUGCCCCCCUCUCCCCCCAGCUCCGAGCCUGGCAGUCCUGACCGGCAAAAAGAGCUGCUCCACACGUUAUCUCCCCCUCCAUCAUACGCUGCCUCCAUCGCCUCCAAGCUCGCCGGGAGCAGCCCCGGCCUGGGCCACAGUCCUGUUGCUAACUUACCCCUGCCCCAUCCCUCUCCUGUGCCUUCCUCAGGAGCCCCCCAAAGCACUCCAGCUCCAUCUCAGACCACCAUGCCAGUCAGAUAUAACCGACGGAACAACCCCGAUCUGGAGAAAAGGAGAAUUCACCAUUGUGAUUACCCAGGCUGCAAGAAGGUUUACACAAAGUCAUCUCAUCUGAAAGCCCACUUAAGAACGCACACGGGUGAGAAGCCAUACCGGUGUACAUGGGACAGUUGUGACUGGAGGUUCGCUCGCUCGGACGAACUCACGAGGCACUUCAGGAAGCACACGGGCGCCAAACCCUUCCAGUGUGCCGUGUGCUCGCGCUCCUUCUCCCGCUCGGACCACCUGGCCCUCCACAUGAAGAGGCACCAGAACUAG